AUGCGCAAGAUGAGCAUGGAAAGCUUCUUGGGCUUGGAGAAUGGCAUCUUCUGGAGCACCAUGUUCCAAGGCAGCCUUCAAUGUAGCCUCUGGGUGAGAAGACCCAAGAGGAUUGUGGACAAAACGCUUCCUUCUCCUUGCAUCAUCUUCCCAAACAUCCAGCUUCAUGUAGAUUUUCCUAGGAGUAAGAAAACUGCAGCCAACAUAACUGACCUCAGGCGAUACCUGAACACCUCUGAUGAGAGCAUGAAUAUGUUGAUAGCGGGAAUCCUGAGGAGUCAUCUCCCCAUUGCAAAGCCGAGCCUGCUCUCGACAUUCCAGGCAAUUCCUUACGGCUACUGUACAUACCUGAUGCUUCUCCUCAUCAUCUUGGGCCAUAAAGCUUCCUACUUCCUUGCUUUCAGGAGUUUCUUCCUUUUCCUCCUCUACUAUUUCUGUGCUUCCUUCCUCCUUUUCAUUGUUGUUCCCAUCUUCACCCAAGUCAUUCUUCUCACUGAUCUGAUCAAUGACUUCCUCAUUAUGAUCAAUCAUGUGACCAGCUGCUUCCUCAUCCUUUUCAAAGGUGUGACUGGAGGCUUUGUCUUGAUGCACUUCAAUGAGAGUGGUGUCAGUCCCCAAUACUUGCUGAUAAUGCAGUUGAUAGUUUCCACUGACACUCCAACUUUCUCAGCCAUGAACCAUUGGGUUGGUGGAUUCUCUUGGGUUCUGUCGGACUUCAUUGUAGAUGGUCUUGGUACACUUCUGAAGUGGCUGAGACAAGGUGUUCCAUGUGAAACAGGCCUUGGUCAGCUAGAGGACCUGCCUGGCUUGGCUGCAUGGAUGGGAAUGAAUCUAGGUCUGCUUUCAAACAGGUCUGAAGGAGAAAAGGAGUGCCCCACAAAGGAAGGAAUAAAGUGGGUGCAGAAGGAUGGUGGGCAUGUAAUGGAAUAUCUUAUUGGAGGAGAUUUGAAAUCACUCCUCCAAACUUAUGGAUUCUUUGAAGAAUCCAUGGCUGCCUUUUACUCAGCAGAAGCCACUCUUGCACUGGAGUAUUUGCACAGACAUGGAAUCGUGCAUCGUGAUGUGAAACCAGACAAUAUGCUUCUCUCUGACACUGGUCAUGUGAAACUGACUGACUUUGGUCUUAGCAAGAUAACCACUUUAAAUACACAUACAGAUGGGAUGAGAAAAGAGACUCCAGAAUCAUGCCACACUAGUUGUUGGGAUGAUGAGAGGGAUGCAAACAAUAAGCCCUGCAGCAUUCAAAUCAUUAGUUCUCCUAUCACUUCCAGACCUUCUAAUAUGUCCUGCCUGCUCAGCCCCAUUGCAGACCAGUUUCACCUGAAGGGUUUUGCUGAUGUUGAGGAGGUGCAAGCUACCAUGAUGGCAGCACUGAAGGUAGUUGCAAAAAAUGGUGCAGUGAAAAGGUUCUGCAAGUCAUGGGAGUUAGAGUUCAAGUUGCUUGAUUUGAAAGAUUAUCUAGGGCCUGAAAGGCAGCAGGCCAGUACUGGCAAGUGGGACAUGUACCUGGUGGUCCACAACCCCACAACCUGGUCAUUCUACUACACCCUAGAGGGAAGCAGCUCGUCGUUGGCGCGGAAGGAGGCUUACAAGAGAAACGUGACCUAUUACUAUUCCUGCAUGAUUAGUUGA